CCGUGCUGAAUUAUGAAACACACUAUUUUCAUACAUAUACUAUAGUUUUUAUGUUUGCUGCAUACAAAUAAAAAAACAACACGAGUGUGUAAAACUAAUCGUGCGAUGUUAUGCUUCGGGAAAAGUAAUAGUAGUAUAGUAUUCAUUUGUCUAUUUAGCUUUCUCUCUUUCUCUCGACGCGCAUAUAUUUGUUGACCAGUUGAUGAGUUGACCUUAUCUCGUUUAGUUCUGUGUUUUAAUUCCGCCUAACAAUACUUAGCAAGAUGUCAUCAACAUUGAGAACAUUUGAAAUAAAAUUAGAUAAUCCAACAGCAACCUAUGGAGCAGGUGCUAUAAUAACCGGCCAGGUUGUGGUUGAUCUCACUAAAACAAAAAAAUUGCGAGCCCUGAAACUAAGAUUCAAAGGAAAAUGUUCAGUUCAUUGGCAGAAAACAAGUAGCAGUGGAAAAAGUUCCAGAACUGUUGACUACACUGGAGAAGAAGAAUAUUUUCGUAAUGAUGUAUGUCUUUUUGGGAGUACAGGUGGUGACACUAUUGAAAUGUUGGCUGGACAUCAUACCUACCCAUUCAGUUACGCUCUUCCCCGAAAUAUCCCAAACAGUUUUGAACAUGGAGUCGGUUCUGUCGAAUACUCGAUGAAAGCAAUAAUAGAUCGGCCAUGGAAAUUUGAUCAUGAAGCUACUAAGAUUUUUACUGUCGAAACACCUUUCGAGUUGGAUUCACAAUCAUAUUCUAUGGUUGGUAUCCACGAUGAGAAAGAAGAGAAUUAUUGUUGCAUUUUACCGUGUAUUAGCAGAGGUAAUAUGAUUUUUACUUUUGAGUUGCCAACCACUGGCUACGCUUGUGGUGAACCUAUUCAUACGACUGUUCAUAUUAACAACCGAUCGGAUUCUGUUGAAGUUGAAGAGAUUGAAGUAAAACUAGAACAAAAAUUAGAAUUUCACGCACGAUCUCCGUAUAAAAAAACAAAAACUAAAAGCUGCGUUGUCCAGCAAAGUAAACGAGGAGGGCCUUUUCUUAAAAAAACUGAAGUACUUGUUGGACUACAAGUGCCUUCCGUUCCACUCUCAAAGCUUCAAUAUUGUAGUCUUAUAGACAUCAGUUAUCAAGUCCAUAUUGAAGUACAUGUUUCUGGAUUGCACUGUAAAACGGAAAAAUUCUAUGACAUUCUGAUUGGAACAAGACCUCCAACAAUGGCUCAUCAAGUUCUUCACCCGGUUCCUAGUCAACAUCCACUACCAAUUACUUCACCAUCUGCACCUGUUGAUUACUCUCCAGCAUUUGAUCCUGUAUCAGCUUUUCCAACUCCACUUAUUCCAAUGCCUGUUCCAAGUGUACCACAAAGCGAAAAAACUCCACCGUAUCCUCAGUUUCCUACACCAGGUGCGCCCUACCCAACCCAAUCUGGUUCAAGUCAAUAUCCUCCUCCAGGUGCUCCUUAUCCAACUCAAUUUGGUUCAGGUCCAUAUCCUCCAUCAGGUGCUCCUUAUCCAACUCAACCUGGUCCAGAUCAAUAUCCACCUAAUAACGCCCCGUAUCCUAAUGUCCAUCCCUUCCAAUAUCCCUCAGCUCCAGGUUUUCAGCCUCCACGAAAUGUUGAAUUUGUACCAUCUAAUCCAACAUCACCGUUUCAAUAUCCUCCAGAGCAACUUCCACCUUCGUAUGAUUCGGUCAUGGCCAAUGACAACAGAAAAUAAAAAUAUUUGUAUUUUUGCUACAAAAUUUCUUAAAGAAGAAAUUUACUGAAUUAUAUUAUCUUUAUAAUGCAGUUUGUAACGACACGAUUGAAAUUAUAUCUUUAAGACUAUUAUACGUAUUGUAAUUUCUAAUUCAAAGGACACAUUAUUUUUAUAUCUAUAAAAAUGACCAUAUAUAUUGUUGUAUUUCUAGUGUUUAUGUUGGUCUGUAAAACAAUGUUUUUUUUUAAAGAUUUUUAUUACCUUAUAGCUUAAGGCAUUAAUGUAUGUUAUUAGAAGUAAACAAAUAAAAUUAUCAUAUU